AUGGCCAAGGUUCCCCGCAACUUUCGCCUCCUUGAGGAGCUCGAGAAGGGCGAAAAGGGCCUUGGCGCUGAGGCGUGCAGCUAUGGUCUGGAGGAUCCCGAUGAUCUUCUCAUGUCUAGGUGGAACGGCACCAUCCUCGGUCCUCCCCACUCAGUCCACGAGAACCGCAUCUACAGUGUCAAGAUGCACUGCGGAGAGAGCUACCCCGACAAGCCUCCCACCAUUCAGUUCGUCAGCCAGAUCAACCUUCCCGCCGUCGACCAGCGCAACGGCAACGUCGACCCUUCGAUGCUCCCCUGCCUGGCCGGCUGGAAGCGCGAGAACACCAUGGAGACCGUUCUCAUCGAACUGCGGAGGUACAUGGCUGCUCCCGCCAACAAGAAGCUGCCCCAGCCUCCAGAGGGCACCACCUACUCGUAG